UUUGUGCAGAAAGCAGAGUGUGUGGGGGCCGGACGGCGGGGAGGGGGGCGAUCAGCUGCUAUAUACACGGGCUCCCUCCCUCAGAGUGAACACAGACACGGAGCUAACUGCACAGAAAGUGAACCGAAACCCACGGAACAUUUACACCAUCGCCGAAGGAGAGGUUUUCAGUGGGUGCCAAGAGUGUGUGAGGCAGCGAGAUAGAGAGAGAGAGAGAGAGAGAAGGAGGAAGGAGGCAUGGAAUACAGCCUGUGAAACACAGAGACAACAGCUGCCAGAUCGCGGAUUCUCAGGGGAACAUAACGAGGGAAGUUGUACAGAGAGACCCGCUAUUUUCUGGCAUCCCCCUGCCCCCCCCACGGUCCUGGUCCAGCAUGUCCUCAGCCUUCAUCCUCGCAGUCCUGCUCCUUGCAGUUCCUGCGCAGCACGCAGAGAGUCGUGCUCUUCACGACCCCAGUGAUGCAAUGCAGUUUAUGGAAAAGUUUCUUGCACACUACAGUGACCUCAUGACCCUUGACGACCUUGAGAAUAUAGGGAGCAGUCCAAUGGAAGAGCCACAGCUCUUCGAUUCAGGGUUAGAGGUCACAGAGUACCCUAAAUGGAUCGAAAUUCCCGCUGAAAAUGAUAACGCUUGGAUCCACCUCCUCCGGCGAGCUAUAGCCAGUCAGAAAAGGGCCCCGCCAGACAGGGCAAAGAGGGGCUGGAACCGGGGCUGUUUCGGCUUGAAGCUGGAUCGCAUCGGCUCCCUGAGCGGCCUGGGCUGCUAGCAACUGACCGAGGUGAGAUUCUGCCUUCGGGAGCUGCAGUGAGAAUGCAGGCAGCAUGGGGAAUGAGGGGCAGUCUGUGUUCAGUGUCGUUAUUUACGUGGCCAAUACUGGAUCAAGGCUGAGCAGAUAUACUCCUGGGACAGAGAAAAGGUCAGGAGGCAGACUCUGUGUGUCACAACGUAAUCAUACUAAUAACUGUUAAAAUAUCUGUAUUUCUGUAAUGUAGUGGACACUAUCUGUAAUUUUUUUGCAUAUUUUUAUUUUGGCUUAAAUGAUAUAUAAAAAUACUUCAUGUUUCCUAAAUUAUUGCUGUUAAAUUUGUUUUAUGUAAAUUGCAGUAAUUCUGUAUUGCUAUUACAGAUAGCUGUCGUUCAUCAUUGUACAUGAAAGUAUAUUCCAUUCACAUUAAAAAUCUUUUGAAUCUUGAAAGAUAGUUUACUUAUUUGUUUACAUUCGCUGCUGAAAAAGUCACUUAAACAUUGUGUCAUUUGGUAUGUUAAUGUAAAAGCAGUUACGUUUGCUUGGAAAAAUGAACAGUAAAGAACAAGACUGAACUGAGGUUUACCAGUAUAUGCUGUCAUACAUGUAAAGGUUUCUCUUUUAUGUAAUAAAUAAAGCUCUCUUUGAACGUUUGUCAUCAGUUGAAUGCCUGUAAAUUAAAGUUUGUUCAAUGAAA